AUGUCGCUGAAUAACACACCGCUGCAACGAGAAAGCACGCUUUCCGUGCACGACGAGGCGGUGCGGUUGAGCAACCUGAACGGCGUGAGAAAUUGCAGUCGCAUGUCCUCCCCCUCCCCGCCGCCAGAGGCGCUGUUUGAAGGGCGCCCACCCCGAAUGGGCCGCUCCGGAGCGUCUUCCUGGUUUCGGUGGCCCAGCUCAGCGGCUCUGAGCCUCCGCAGCAACGGCUCCCCUGUGCUUUCCACAUCUCUGACCAAGCAGAUCGCCGGAGCAGUGAAGAUUGUGAUCCGGGGGGACCGGAACACCGGGAAGAGCACGCUGUGGCACCGGCUGCAGGGCCGGAAGUUCCUGGAGGAAUACAUCCCCACCCAGGAGAUCCAGGUCACCAGCAUACACUGGAACUACAAGACGACUGACGACGUGGUGAAGGUGGAGGUCUGGGACGUGGUGGACAAAGGCAAAAGUAAAAAGCGAGGUGAAAGUUUGAAGCUGGAAAAUGAGCCUCAGGAGGCUGAAAACGAGCUGGCCCUGGACGCCGAGUUUCUAGAUGUCUACAAGAACUGCAAUGGAGUGAUCAUGAUGUUUGACAUCACCAAGCAGUGGACCUUUAACUACAUCCUGCGGGAGCUGCCCAAGGUGCCCACUCACGUGCCCGUGUGCGUGCUGGGGAACCACCGCGACAUGGGGGAGCACCGGGUCAUCCUGCCCGACGACAUCCGCGACUUCAUCGCCAGCCUCAACAGACCUCUCGGUUCGUCCUACAUCCACUACGCUGAGUCUUCCAUGAAGAAUGGGUUUGGCCUGAAGUACUUGCACAGAUUUUUCAACAUACCGUUUCUGCAGCUGCAGAGAGAGACCCUGCUCCGGCAGCUGGAGACCAACCAGCUGGACAUCGACGCCACGCUGGAGGAGCUGACCGUGCAGCAGGAGACCGAGGACCAGAACUACAACAUAUUUACAGCGACUUGCAGGGAGCUGGGAGUAGCAGCCUUUCAGCUUGCUGCGGCUCGUUGGGCUGGAGGAGUAGGGGCUGCGCUGACCGGAGGGCCGCACGCCGGCUGCGCUUGGCUGACCUGGGCUCUCUCUCUGUGCUCAGAUUCCCCGGCCCCUGGGGGCCCCGAGGUGCCCGCGAGGGUGCAGAGCGUAGACGACUUCGUGCCGGACGAGGGCCUGGACCGCGGGUUCCUGGAGGACAGCACCCCAUCGAAGGGCAAGCAGCAGCCCGCAGAGCAGCCCGGGGCGGACAGCGACAGUGAUGGGGAGGCCAGAGGCGGUAACCCCAUGGUGGCCGGGUUCCAGGAUGAUUUGGACCCCGACGACAAGGUCCCGCAAAAGCCCCCCUCCAAGCCGGUCGUCCUGAGCAAGGAUAUCGCAUUGUCCAGCGAGGAGGAGGAGGAGGAGGGGGCCGGAGCCGUGACGGACAAGGGUCUGGACAGGAAGUCGGACACUAAGCGAUCUUCCGCCAACCCUCCUCGGCCUGACCGCGCGACGGAGAAGACCCCUCCCCCCCGGGGCCCCAAGACGGACCCCGUCUCCCUCGGCGCCCUCCGGGCUCCGGCCGCCUCCCCCGCCCCGCCCGCGCGGCCCCCCGGCAGGAAGAAGGGGGGUGAGGCGGACCCCGAGUCCUCCGACACGGACCCCGAGGGGCCUGUGGCCAAGCAGAUGCUGUCCUUCAUUAUGGACGACCCGGACUUUGACAGCGAGGAGUCGGACAACCAGAUCACAAAGGAGACCUUCCCGGUCCGGGAGGAUGUCUCGGACCUGUCCGACGACGACCUGGUGGUCCCCUCCAAGAUCGCCGAGCCCCUGAAACCCGCUGUCCUGUCCUUCAAGCCCAAGAACGACGCGGACCUGUUUGGCCUGGGGAUCGAGGAGAAUCCGGCCAAGAGCAAGGGAAGCAGCGAAGACGUAGAAGGUAGGUUUUGUUCCUCCACGAUUCGGGAAUAUCCAUUCCUAUUGGAAGGCUCUCCUGUUUUUCCUGUGCCCUCUCGGCUCUCGCAGUGACUGGCUCGGGUCGCUGCUGCAGUCGAGCCUCCUCGUCAACGCCUGUCCACCUGGUGUCAGAACGCCGCUCGCCUCCUGGUG